AUAUCAAAAAGCAAACAGUAAAAAGAAACAAAAUAUGUAGAAUUUAUGUAAAAGCUUAUGAUUAUAUUAUAUAUGUAUAUUUUCUGAAGAGGAAUUCAAAUAUUGGGUUGGAAAAUGACCAGCUUUUCAUGAUGCCAGCAGCACCAGAAGAACAGUUGGAAGGAAGCAAAAAAGAACAACAAAGACAAGAGCCUGGUCCAGUCCUUUUCUUUCUGUUUUCUUCUUCUUUACUUCUUCUACUUUGUCUCACAGUUGUCACCUCUCAACUCUCUCUCUCUAUUGAAUGCAUGUUUGUUUCAAGAGCUGAAAUUUAUCAUCUCUGAUAGUUUAAAAACAUGGAACAGCUUGCCAACUUCAUCAUUCGCCCACCAAGAGCUGAAUAUGAUCCAAAAAAUGAUUUGCUGGAGCACGAGUUCAUGUUAAAAGGGAAAUUGUUUCAACGGAAGGAUGUGGAGAUAAAAAACAGCCAUGGUAUUGUUCUUCAAUGCAGUCAUUACAUUCCUAUAGUCAGUCCUGAUGGAAAGCCUCUGCCGUGUGUAAUAUAUUGCCAUGGAAACAGUGGAUGCAGGGUAGAUGCCAGUGAAGCUGCUGUAGUUUUACUUCCUUCAAAUAUUACAGUUUUUACUAUGGAUUUCUCAGGAUCUGGAAUUUCUGGAGGGGAGCAUGUCACUCUUGGUUGUAAUGAAAAGGAUGAUCUGAGGGCUGUGGUCAACUAUCUGCGGACCGAUGGAAAUGUCUCUCGCAUUGGAUUAUGGGGACGCUCAAUGGGUGCUGUGACUAGCCUGAUGUAUGGAGCUGAAGAUCCUUCAAUUGCAGGGAUGGUUUUAGACAGUCCCUUCUCUGUUUUGGUUGAUUUGAUGAUGGAACUUGUAGAUACAUACAGUGUUCGUCUACCAAAAUUCACAGUGAAAUUCGCAAUUCAAUACAUGCGAAAAACAAUCCAGAAGAAGGCAAAAUUCGACAUAAUGGACUUGAACACCCUUAAGGCAGCAAAAUCUUGUUACAUUCCUGCUCUACUAGGGCAUGCCAUUGAUGAUGAUUUUAUACGUCCUCAUCACUCAGAUCGUAUACUUGAUGCUUACAUGGGAGACAAAAGCAUGAUUAAAUUUGAAGGCGAUCACAACUCUCCGCGUCCUCAGUUCUAUUUUGAUUCCAUAAACAUCUUUUUUCACAAUGUUUUGCAACCUCCAGAAGAUGAGGUUGGGGAAUCAUUUUUUGACAUUAUGAAUGGUUACUUUGGUAAGGACAUUUGGAGAUCUGUGCAUGAAUUAGGCGGCGGCAAUGAACCAUCAUCUGAAGACAAAGAACCAUCAAGUAGUGUUGUCGAUGCCAAUAAGCAAGUCCUUUCAAAAAGACCAAUGAGUAGGAUGAAGGAAGAGAAAUGUGAUGAACUCUCCUCCUCCUCAGCUAUGAUUAGCUUUGAACUAUCAGAUGGUCGUCUCUACGAUCCCAGUGUUCCGACCACGUCAGAUAAUGAUCAGUAUGUGGAAUUUCAACUUGAUGACCUUGCAGGCUUUCCAUCCAAUACAGUUGAAGAAGAAAAAAUGUUGAUGGAAGCAGUGACAGAGUCAUUGAAAGACCAGGAAAUUAAAAAUCCGUCGGAAGAACAACCACCAUGUCUCUCAUCAAGAGCAGCACCACCACCAUCGACAUUCGACACAUCAUCAGUCACUGAGUCUGGCAAUAGUACAGAAAGUGCUUCUGCUUGUAGUGAUUCUUCUAGCCUAAAAAAUUCAUCAGAAAAUGACAUAUCACAUAAGACCAAAGCCACAUUAACUGUCAUUAGGAAUCCAUCAAACCAUGUCGUGAACGGAUUAAUUCGCCGUUGGGACUUCAACUUUUUCAGAAACUGUCAUAACCGAUAAGAUAAGAGUGCUUGUAUAUUCACAGGUGAUUUUACAUUGUGUGCUUGUUACUAAAGAAAAAUAUUAUAGUUUACAAGAUUUAGUAUAUGUUUGGAUUAUCAUCUAACUAAUCAUCUACUAUUAUUUGACAGUUAAGAAAAUUGUUGUUUUCUUCACUUGGAUGACUAUCAUGUGGGUUGGUGAACCAA